GUUUGGCGAUCGAUAAUAAUGGAGGAUUCGGAUUUUUCGGGCUCUCUAGUGCACUCCGUAAAAUUUGUGAUUUCAGUGUCUGGUUAAGUGAUAACGGCUAGUAAAGUGUGUAAACUGAUCGGUUACAUCACAGCAAGUUUGGAAGAGUUCUAAUUUGACUGCAAUAUGUGUUUCAAAUCACGCAGGAGCUAAUUUGUAACUUGGUGAGGAGAACACGGCAUCAACCACGAGCAAGCUGGAGGAGGGAACGCCAAUGGUGCGAGAGGUGCGCGAGCAGGAGGAAGACGGCGAACCAGACUUCAUCAUGAACUCCGCCGUGAGCACCGAGUCUAUGGAUAUGAACGAAGAGGAUAUGUCGCAAGUAGGCGAGGGCUGCGGGCUGAGCGGCUCCGAGGACGACGACGACUGCGCGUCCUCGCCGGCCGGCUCCAACUACGACGACAGCGACAUCAUCAAGACCGCCAUGAGCGACGAGGUCACCAAGCAGCUGGCCGCCGCAGGUCCGGUUGGCAUGGCAGCCGCGGCCGCUAUAGCGUCGUCAAAGAAACGCAAGCGGCCGCACUCCUUCGAGACCAACCCGUCAGUCAGGAAGCGCCACCAGAACAGACUGCUUAGGAAGCUAAGGCAAACCAUCGAAGAGUUCGCGACUCGCGUGGGGCAACAGGCCGUGGUUCUGGUAGCGACUCCCGGCAAGCCCAACACGUCCUACCGCGUGUUCGGCGCGAAGCCGCUCGAAGACGUGGUCCGCAACCUGCGCUGCAUGAUCAUGGAGGAGCUCGAGAACGCGCUCGCACAGCAGUUCGGGCUGGGCGGGUGCGAGCAGGCGCCGCCGCCGCCGCAGGACGACCCGUCGCUGUUUGAGCUGCCGCCACUCAUCAUCGACGGCAUCCCCACGCCGGUGGAGAAGAUGACGCAAGCGCAGCUGCGCGCCUUCAUACCGCUCAUGCUCAAGUACUCGAUGGUGCGUGGCAAGCCGGGCUGGGGCCGCGAAUCGACGCGGCCGCCGUGGUGGCCCAAGGACCUGCCCUGGGCCAACGUGCGUAUGGACGCGCGCUCUGAGGACGAGAAACAGAAGAUGUCAUGGACGCACGCCCUGCGGCAGAUCGUGAUCAACUGCUACAAGUACCACGGCCGCGAGGACCUGCUGCCCGCCUUCAACGAAGACGACGACAAGCCGCAGACGCAGACCAUAUCGGCCUGCAUGGCGGCGGCGGGUGUGGGUAGCGGGAGCAGCGGCGCGUCGGGCUCGCGCCAGCACCAGCCGGCCGUGAUGCAGGAGCCCGUCUGCAUCGACCAGAUGACGCUCGCUGAUGUUGAUAUGUCUCAGUACGCGCCGGCGGUCCUCCAGACCAUCACGAACCCGGACGGCACGGUGUCGCUCAUCCAGGUGGACCCCAACAACCCCAUCAUCACGCUGCCCGAUGGCACCACGGCCCAGGUGAUCCACAGCGGCGAGGGCGGCGGCGGCGGCGUGGGCGUCGUCCAGGCCAUCGACGGCGACGGCGCCGUGGCCGUGGACCUCAACGCCGUGGCCGAGGCCACGCUCAACCACGACGGGCAGAUCAUACUCACGGGCGAGGACGGACACGGCUACCCGGUGUCGGUGUCGGGCGUGAUCACGGUGCCGGUGUCGGCGUCGGUGUACCAGUCCAUGGUCGCGUCCAUGCAGGCGCAGGACGGCGUGUGCGUCGCGCCGCUCGUGCAGGUGCGCCCCCGGGCCCCCCGUGGCCCCCGUGGCCCCUAUGGCCCCCGGUCUGCCCCCCGGAUGCCCCGCAUCCCGCGCGCUUCCAUCGUCAAGCUUGAGCCCCACGAGUAUAUUCUCAUGGCUUGAGGAUAUAGGGUCGAAGAAACGUUACAUUUUGUUUGGUGAUGACGGCACGUCAAACAGGCAUUUUAUCUAAAGUCUGGUCGCUGAGCACGUAGAAUUUUGUCCAAUGACCCCAAGCUACCCUAUCCUUAUCGCUCGCGCGUAAUUAUAUUGCUGUCGCGACUGUGCGACGGCAGCAGUGAGUGUGCCAGACUAUAGUUAUGAUAGGUGCUAUAUAAAUACUACUUAGAGGUAAAGAGUUUAGAUCCAUGUCUCAGGGCUAUACUGCCAAGUCAUUAGUUAAUAGUAAAUAAUAAUCAUUAUGCUACCAAAAAUGUGUUCCUUAAAAUGCAAAUUAACUUAGCACUAAUGUAUUUGUGCAAAAACGAAGUAAAGAAUAAUUUUGCACUCAACGGUCAAUAUGUAUAGCUGCCAGCCUAUGUCAAUUUAAAGUCUAGAUAACAAUAUCUGACAAUAUAAUAUUAGUUCCCAAUAAAAUGUAACGUUUCUUCAAUUGAAAGUCAUCCAUUUGCUUGGGCCAGUAUAAACUGCCAUUUUAAUACUACAAACCUUGUACAGGUUGACAAAUAUUUGCUAUUUUUACAUAGAUGAUAUAUUAAUAUAUUUAUACUGUAGAUAGAGCUAGUUCACCAUUUUAGUUUUUUACACAAAGAACGAUUGUUUUAUUUACACUGCAUACGAAUUAUUUAUGCUCUCGUGCCAUGAUACCUAGUUAGUUUAGCAGGGUAAUGGGAACCACACUUGGCUCUUUGGGCCAUUGUGCGCUUACCAUAAUACCUUUAAGAACUGCCAGUGAGAUUAUGUGAUAUUAUUGUAAGACACAAUCGUGCCUGCAAUAAAGUGAGAUCUCGUUCUAGUGCUUAAAAUAUAGUUUUUAUUUAUUUUAGCUUACUUUAAUAUUUCACACGUCUUGUGGCUUUGAAAGUGUAAUUUUAUGUAAGAUAUAAAACUAGGUCAUAAUUACUUUGUAUUCAAAAUACGUUGUCAGUUCAUUUUUGUGAUUAGAAAUUACAAUUUGUUAGAUGCUAACGGUACAAUUUUAAAUAAGUUAUAACUAGUCACUAAUUUGUUGCCAAAGUAUGAAUAAUGAAUACAGCCAAAUGCAUGAUAUGCCAUAAUAAUGUGUGCGUGUAGUUUUAUUGUUAAGAGUGCAAAUAGUGCUUGUUUUAUUUACACCUGUGACUCGUUGCUUUCGUUCAGAUUUUAUUUAUGUUUGUGCCAUAUACUUUAAUAUAAUUUAUGUUGAUUCUGUUCAGCAAAUAUUACAGAAAUUUUAUUUAACUAACUUUUAUUAAAAUUUUAUUUACAACAUUCUAAAGUUUCGAUAUAUUUGCUGUCUUUAAGAAAUUUACUAUACUUAAGUUUAGAUGAGAAAUUACUUGCAAAAGAAACAACCAAUGCUUUUAAUUGUUCAGUCACUGGUGACCAGACUUACUGUGUGACAGUGUAAUUUUGUUGAUAGAAGUACAGUACAGCAUUAUCCUAAAAAAUAGUAACAUUGUGUUGAUAUUUAAAAGCAAACCUGUCCCCGUGCCUGUUCAAUUAAGUAUAAAAUGUAAAGCUGCUUUCAGCUGAAGAAAGAAGAAGUUAAUUUCAUUUUGUGAAGAUAUAAAAUAACUGUUGUGAGCUAUUAUUCCGAUAUUUUUGUGCAAUCGUGCAAUUUUACUAAGCAUUUAAAUCUUUACUGUGGAAUAAUAUUUGUUGGAAACAGGUUUCUAUACUCUACCAUUAGGAAUGUUGUUCACGAUUUAUUUUGUUUUAAAUUUUUAUUUUUUUGUUAUUGUUUUUAAGGCUUGCAAUGCAAGUAAUUCUUUAAAUAAUGUGUGUAUUUUAUCCAAAGACUUUAUUUUUGUUGCUAAAAUUAUGUACUGUAAUUGUGUGGCCAAAGAUACUCAAUACACAUCACAGUAUUUGUUUCAGUAUGCGUUAAAUUCUUGUGUUGCAUGAGUUUGUGUAGUCAUGUGUAGAUAUUCAGUUAGUAUGACUGAUUUGAUGUGAGAUUUUUUACGUUGAAUAUGUUACGAUGUGUAUUUUAUAAUUUUCCAAGUUUUGUUUAUUGGAGUCAAGCCAUAUUUUAGUUUUGAUGACCCUGUAAUGAUGAGUAUUUUUAAGUAUUAAAUUGUAUUUUUGUAUGCGAGUCUUGAACUGGAUUAGAUAGCGCUGAAUGGGUGACUGGGUACUCAAAAUUAAAUAUGGCGUGGCUUCCGUCAUUGUAGUGCCAAUAAAGCGUGCUCGUACCA